UGAACAUUGAACCCAGCAUUAGUUUCUUUAAGCCUAUUGAUUUUCUGUGCAAAGCUCAAAGCUUUGGAAAAGAAAACCCAAAAAGACUGAAGCUUUAUAAAGACAAAAGAGAUGGGCAGCAUAAAUCAGAUAGCAUUGGGUUGCGGAAUAGCUACAGUCAGAGUUUCAAUGGCGAAACCAUCUUGGGCUGUGAGAGCAGAGCUUCCCAGAGCUCCUGAUCUCUUCACCGAGAGGUCCAUUCUCCGAAGUGGGUCUUCUUCCUCCUCUCGCCGCCGUGACCUUGUUUUCGUCGUCAACCCUUCAGGGGCUAAUGGGAGGACUGGUAAGGAGUGGAAGAAGCUGCUUCCGUAUUUGAGGUCUCGUCUUGGUGCUGAUUGCAAUAUAUGCGAGUCUUUGACAUCAGGUCCUUCUCAUGCAAUUGACAUAACGCGAGAGGCUAUACGGGAGGGUGCUGAUGCUGUAAUUGUGGUUGGAGGAGAUGGAACUUUGCAUGAGGUUGUGAAUGGUUUCUUUUGGGCUGGAAAACCUGUGACAAAUUAUGAUAGAGAGGCCACCCAUUCAACUGCCCUCGGUCUCAUUCCAUUGGGAACUGGGUCUGAUUUUGCCAGAUCAUUCGGCUGGAAAAAUAAUCCUUAUGAAGCCAUUGAACGCAUAGCCAAAGGACAGAGAUCACGGAUAGAUGUUGGAGUUGUUAAUGGAGAAGCUGAUGAACCUCAUUACUUUAUUAAUGUGGCCGACAUUCAUUUGAGUGCAAAAGCAGGAUACCAUGCUUCUAAAUACAAGAGAUUUGGAAACUUGUGCUACAUUAUUGGUGCUUUGAAAGGCUUUAUUGGGCACAGUAAUCAGGACCUUAGAAUCAAGGUUGAUGAAGGGGAGUGGGAAGUAUAUCCUCAGGUAACGGCCCUUUGCAUUGGAAAUGCAAAAUACUUUGGUGGUGGCAUGAAAGUUACACCAAAUGCUGAUCCUCAGAAUGGAAAAUUUGAGGUUGUGAUUCUUCAGGACUUCAAGUGGUAUGACUUUAUCUUGAAGCUACAUAAGCUGUACAAUGGGACUCAUCUAUCAGUGGAAAAUGUAUCUUCAAGAAGUGUGCAUUCUAUUGAAGUGGAGGAGAUUUCAGGAAGUGGCAGCAUCUAUGUUCAAUCAGAUGGCGAAUAUUUAGGAUUCCUGCCUAGGAAAUUUUGUAUAUUACCUUCUGCAGUUGAGAUGAUAUGUUGACAUUCUGCUGGAACUUUUGCUUGUUGGUUAUGGAGGAAUAGUCCACAGAGAAAACAGCCUGGCAUUAUCAAUAUACUAUCGACGUGUUGUUCACGCUGGCUCGUUACGUUGUGCUGAGAAUAAGAGCUGGAGUUGACUUGAUACAUUGUGGUGUGAAACUGUGAAUUAAAUGUUAAACUGUACUUUGUUGUGCUUUACUGGGGCUUCUUCAGUCUGAAGGGGAAAACUGUAAAGUUCAUGAUUUAUCUUAUGUUGAUAGCUAGCACAAAAUUUAGAAACCUCAGUCUCCAAAUAUAGGAACAGAAAAAUGCAGUAAAUUUUGCCUUCAAUUUAGUGAAGUUUACUUUUGUACACAGCCUCAUUAUUUAUGUAGUGAAUAUACAGGGUCAGUUUUAACUAGA